UCGCAAGGGAAGGCGGCAACUGGUGUGCUCGUGAGAGAGAAAUCAGCUCUGAUUCUAAGGGCUAAGCUGAAGUGCUCGGCAUUGUUCCUGAUUUGGAGAGCCGGAGGUUCAUUGUCGAAUCAGCCCGGUUUUGCACACUGCUGUUCAGAACCAAAUUCGGUCGGUCGCAGGACACGACACCCGGUUGUGCAGGGAGACAGAGCCCACCGCGUUGCGCACAGCAGCGUCGCCAGGACAACACGUCCCCAGCGCGCGGCGGCGACACCGGCGCCGACGCACGGAUGACGGCAGCGCCAGCGACCACGGCACCAUUGAAUGCAGCAGCAGCAGCAGCAGCAACCCAACAAGAUGGAGCAGGAGUGUUUCAGGUCGACAACGUCGAUUCCGAGGUUGAACAUCCCGCCACCCCCGCAGCAGCAGCACCAGCGCCGGCGGUGACCGCGAGAGAGGCCCUCCGGCACAGCUUUACCGUCGGGCUCUCCGGGGGCGGAGCCACCGUCUUCAGCGUGGCCACCAUGAUGUGGCUCCACACCAUCAUCACCUACCAGCAGCGCCACGGCACAAAGUUCGGUGAAACAUGCAAGAUUCUUUGGCGACAGGGCGGGCCGCGACGAUUCUACCGCGGUGUGCUGCCGUCCCUGGCGUCGGCGCCUCUCUGCAGGUUCGGUGACACCCUCAGCAACGAGCUCGCGAUGGUUUGGUUCCACGGCCAACAACAGAGAAGCAGUUCGGGAGGGGUAAACGGCACCAGAAUAAGCGGAGGGCGGGGAGACCGGGUUGAUACCAAGCUGCCGGUUUGGGUGGCGACGUUUUUGGGAUCGAUGGGAGCGGCGGCGUUCCACGCGGUGGUGGUACCUUUGGAUACCUACAAGGUGAUCAUGCAGGUGGACGGAAAGGAGGGUUUGGCCGUGAUGAAAAGGCGAAUAGCGACGCGCGGCCCGGUCGCGGUCUACGACGGGGCGCUGGCGUUCGCGGGGGGGUCGCUGAUGGGGCACUACCCUUGGUACUUGACGUACAAUUUGUUGGAGCAGAGCCUUCCAAGGACAGCAAAAGGCGAGGGGAGGAGCCGGAGAGCUCGGAGCGCCUUCAUCGGUGCGGCGGCAUCGAUAGUCUCGGCGGCGGCGUCGAACGCUUUCCGCGUCCUCAAGGUUUACAGACAAUCGCACGACCGGCCGGAUGGACUGUCGUACGCGAAGUCGAUCAAGCAGAUCAUCAAGAAGGACGGGGGGGGCACGCGGGGGGUGCUGGGGGUGUUCGGGAGGGGGCUGGGCGGAAGGGUGGCGGCGUCCGCGUUGCAGGGGCUGGUGUUCAACAUGAUUUGGCAGGAAAUGGCCGCUUGGAGCAACGACGAGAGAUGACACCAUCAUCCACAGCCAUCCGCCACGCGAUAGAGCACGACCGACUUGGUCGCCUCGCGCACCCAAGUAAUAAGACCGCUGCCCCGAGAGUUCGGCAGAUUUUGUAGCAAUUUUUCUCCGUUCCCGUCAGCUAGACAGGUGGAAGAUUAUUUUCCGCUCUUGUUCCGAAACGCUGGAGGUCAAGAGACCGGGGCAACGAAUAGUUCGUGUUAGACAUUAGGGACAACUGGGGUUGUGUGAGUGUGUGAGUGAGUGAUGCUCCUUUUUUGGUUUGUGUUGCGGCGGAGCGUUGUUACUGUUUAUCCGCAAUUUUGGAAGUCGCGGGAAGGGGGGCGGCACGCCCUAACGUAGAGGUCGUCAGGGUUGGACAACUGUGUUGUCUGGCGGCGGGUGCCUUUCGUUUUUCCAGUUGUCAAAUGUAGUUCGUUGUCGAGAAAGAUGCGUGUUGCCGCUGCCUGAUGAAGUGAACACUACGCGUGUUCGAUGUGAUGGACUGUGUGUGCCAACCGACUUCGAUGCGUACCGCACUGUUCCGCGGAGUGUUUCUCCGCCCAGAUGUAACAGGGUCAUCAUCGAGUUUGUGCGCUCUGAUGUACAACCUAAACCUAGAAAGAGCCGUGCUCGUGUGGCGGCGCAUGCAUGUGGAUGGAUUUCUCUCGCGCUGUAGAAGGUGGAAGCGCUGCUUACCCCGUCGGCGCUAGUACACAGGCUACAUAUGGUGUGGAUGCUCGGCGUAGGCGUUUGAGUGCCUACCUGUGCUCAAGGCCUACUCACCUGCAAUGAGAGUGAGUUUUGCUUGUGAGCGUGCGUAGCUGCCGUAGGCCUUACGGUGGCCUUCGAGGGUUGGUGUGUUCGCUUGAUGGGUAACAGGUUUCACACGCUGGUACAAGAGGUACCUCAUUUACAUUGCAAAGCUGUUGCAACAAGGCUGGCGUGAUUGAAACUAGAGAGGAUGGGCAUCAUGGCGGGGCCUUAAUGUGUCGGCUUCUGAUGCACCUAUGCUGUGCGGGCGAGUGGUUUGUGUUCUUUCCGCCCGCUCGUCCGUAACGAGAUUCCUGUAAAUUUCCCUGCGCUGUCGAGCAGGGGCCGUUUCGCACGUUGUCAUUUGUGUUCUCUACGUCCCGAUGUCAGCGAUUUGUUGUAGAGUUGCGAAACGCCAGAGAGGGCGCGAUUUUGCCUGAGCGCCGUUGUGGAAUGGCCGGCUUCAUGUGGAACUCCCAAGAGUGGACUCGAAAGGUAAAAAUACUGUCAUACCCGAAUGGUAUACCAGCAGUUGGAAUGGAAAAGAGUGUUAAUCGCUGAGGAGCCUGUGGUUGUAGAAUAAGACUGCGGUCUGGGACCACAUCGUGUAAAAAAACAGGGC